CACCUUGUGCUCCGCCGCUGCCGCCGCUGCCACCGACCCGGCACAAGGGCACUGUCAUGCACAUCACCGUCGUGGGAGGCGGCAACUCGACUCCCAUCUUCGCUGCGCUCGCCAAGGACGCCGGCCACGAGGUGGCGAUCCUCACCCGGCGGCCCGCCGACUGGAACAAGGACGACAUCGGCUUUGUCAACGAGGACCUCGACUACUUCCCGCAGGCGGAGCUGCGGGUCGGCAUCGACCUCGUGACUGACGACCCGGCGCUCUGCAUUCCGCAGACGGACCUGAUCUUCAUCGCCGGGCUGCCGAUCCACCACAACCCGACGGUGCUGGCGCGGAUCCGGCCGCACCUGGACAUGCAGAAGAAGGUCUUCAUCGGCUCGAUCUGCGCGUACGGCGGCUUCAACUGGGUGGCGGCGGAGGCGCUCGGGCCAGGCAACUACUCACUCUUUGGCACGCAGCUGAUCCCGUGGUGCUGCGGCACGCUCGAGUACGGGCGGACGGGGCUGGUCAUCGGGGCGAAGCGGCUGCUGCGGAUCGCGACCGAGGACGGACGCGACUCUGACGGCGUCAAGCCCAUCCUCGCCAAGAUCCUCAAGAUGCCCUUCCUCACCGACACCGACUUCAUCGCGAGCACGCUCUGGCCCAACAACCCGUCGCUGCACCCGCCCAUCCUGUACGGCCUCUUCAAGGACUGGGACGGGAAGAGCCCCGACUUCUCGAUGAAGGCGUGUGUGAUGCAAAACUACGAGGAGCAGAUCACCUGCGCGUGGGACACGGUCAGCUGCAUCAUGUCCAACAAGGCCUUCGCCAAGCACAAGAUCCCGUACACGGCCAUCGAGGGCGGGGUGGUGCCGACGCUCGCACACAAGUUCUUCGAGACGGACCUGCCCUUCGGGCUGUGCACGAUGAAGGACAUCGCAAACAUGGUGGGCGUCGCGGUGCCGUGCAUCGACAAGAUGAUCCUGUGGAACCAGAAGCUGAUCGGCAAGGAGUACCUCACCGCCUCGGGCAAGAUCGACGGCAAGCACGCCUCCGAGUGCGUGCUGCCCUCUGCCUUCGGCCUCGACGCAAAGACGCUCGAGUUUGGCAACCGCAGCCGGACCGCCAACGGGGCGGAGAAGAAGCAGAAGACAUGA